AAUGUUUUUACUUCCUGUUUCAAAAACCAGUUCUUUCAAAUUAUGAUGCCAUUGCUUAAUGGUCGCUGAAUUGCUCCAUAUUCACUCCAUGUGGCCGCUCCUGAUUUUAGCUUGGCUGCUUGGUUGCGCUGGAUACCGAUUCCAGCUGAAAGCGAAUGAGACUGGGCGAUUUAUCUAUACAGGCAACAAUGGAGGGCAUCGAUACUGUACAACAUGUGAAACGGGGCAAACUUACGAAAUAAACAUAAAAACACAACAAUCUGAGUGCAUUGAUCAAAACUUCCAAGUCCCGAUGCCCGACGGCAGCAAGGAACCAAUAUGUAAGGAGGGCAUUAGUGAUUCCAUUAUACCAGGUUGUGGUCCUUUGCCAACAUCAGACAGACUUUCUUGGAGGACAGAGUCCAGUAGACCAAUACAGGUCAAAAGCACUGUGUAUGAGGUGUAUUAUCCUAUAUGUAGCCAGAAUGGCAUCCUUAACAGGGACCUACACAGCGCUCGAUGUGGUGAAGACCUGAGAUGGAACGCCACCAUCCAGGGAUUGCGAUGUCUUUAUGGCUGUGGACCUUUCUCAAUUGGUUCGAAGUGGAGGCUGCAAAAUGGAAGCGAGGCUGGAAAUGAAAGUUUGAUAGGGGAGACUUAUUUCAGUGAAUGCUCACCUGGUCACAAACGAAACAUAGUUAUGUACUGUGGACCAGAAUUAAAAUGGCAUACUAAUUACUCUACACCAUGUGAGACAGACAAAUGUGAAAAGUGGUAUUGUAGUGUAGAAAUCCUAAUUGGGAUCUGUGUUGGAGUUGGUGGGCUUGUUUUAGUCGCUGUGGUGAUACUCAUUGUGUAUGCUGUUUAUCGUAGGCGGCGGAAUCCACCCGUCCCCACCGAGGAACCCGAGGACGCCCCAUUGAAGGAAUUCACAUUCACCGUCAGCAAUACACCCGGGGAGUGACAACCUGAAACAAUAGGGGACUUAAAGGGGGAAUUUUUACAAAUGACAGUUGCUAAACAGGAAUGCGCUUCAGCGUAAAUACAAAGACUUCUGCGAGUCCUGUGUUUUAAAAUAAUGUCACAAAUGAAUACAGACGAAGAACAUCUUCAUUUUCAUUCAGAUACGGACAUAAAUGCUUUUAGUUACACCUGUAUUGUAUGUGGCAUAGUGUUUUGUGUGACAAUUGGCGGAAAAUAUCAAUUUUCUUGCAAGAGAAUUUUUAGUAUAAACAAGCACAUGCAUAACUGCUGGUCUGUGAAAAAUUUCAGAUGAACGACAUGGGAGCUACUCUAUCCUUUAUGAUGCUGCAGUUGAUGCAUUUGAAACUAUAUCCAUUCUUAGUCCUGUGUUCAAUUUGAUAUAUAAUGUAAUUUAUCAUCUGUGCUAUAAGUCAAAACGCGCCCAAUGGUAUCCCUUUCCAUCCUAUGCUAAAUAUAAGUCAAUCCAAGUUGAAUGCAGUUUCUUUAAAUGUAUACUUACAUAUGGGUAGAAAUACGUGAAAGACGCCGAAACGAUAAGAGUAUACUUUAAAAUAGCUAUUUCGAUGAAUAUAUAGUUCAAAUUCAUUCUAUUUAGUUUAAGAUGUAUUUUAUUCAUAAUAUUACUUAAAUUAUAUCGCAAUAUUAACGUGGAUGGAACAUCAAGCAAUAAAGUCUAUAUGAGUUCUUUCCAUAUGAGAUCAAGGUACAGAUAUAAGAAUAGUAUAAAUUUGUAAUUCUACAAAUAACUUUGAAAUUAAUCUAUAAAAACUGCAAAAUUUGAAAAAAUAAAUAAAUAAUAGAUAUUAACAACAUAUUGCCAAAUGGCAAGAAGGCUCAGUAGUUAUAUUUGUACACGUACUCUUUAUGAAUUGUUACCCAUUACAAAUAUGCAUUCUAAAACUGUAUGCGGUUUUUUUUUCUUUUAUAGAAGUAGAAAAUUGGUCUGAAAAUAGUACAUUUUCUUCAAGUGAUAGACAGUCGUAGCCAAAUAAUAUAAUAUCAACAUCUGUUAGAAUGUCAUGGUCGUUCAUAGAUAUUCAAUUAAAGAGGUUAUGGCAGAAUUAUAGUUAUACCGCUAUAGGCAUUGAAAGAAGAAACGAAGAAAAUCUUCAUAGGCACACCAUUUUAAAAAACAUUAUCUGAACCCAUCUAAUCAUAUGCUGUGUUUGAUUCCAGUGUAAAAUAAUCCGAUUUUAAUUAUACGUGCAACAAUACUCUGAUAAUAGUGAAGGAUCAUUCUAUAUCGUGAUUUAAUAGGUACAGAGCAACGGUAUCCACUUUAAGCAGUUCCUUAAAUUUUCCCUGUAACGAAUAGGGAAUCAUUUUUUAGUAUUGUGUGGUGAUCCAAUCUAAUAAACUCCGAAGGGCUUUAUGAUAGAUUUGAUCACCCCGACCGUAUUUAAUCAACUCAUAAUAUUCAAAGAAAGAUUACUUAUAUCUUAUAUUUAUAUAAUUUUCAAUAAUUGUAUGAUUAAUAUUAAGAUAGUCACUGAUGAAAUGCAUUGGACUAUUCAUAACAAAAUCAAUUUGCAGAGUUAUAAUACACAGAUACAUUACAAAAUGUAAAUAUUUAAUCACAUGUUGUUUAUUGUAAUCACUUAACAACCAUUCACCCUUUACUUUUAACUGUGUUGUCAAUGUACUUUUAGUUGAUACUCAUCAAUCAGCCUAUUUUUAAUCUUUUUUUAGAGCUGUGUUAUAGCCCAACCAGUAAUGCAUUGUGCUUUACUCGAAGAUGUGAAUAAAAUGUGUAUCUAUUUCUAAAUUAUAUGUAUUAUAUGUAUAUGUAUGUACUUUCGACAAUCUAGUAAAUAAAAGUAUAUAUCUUAUUUUUCAGAUAAUAGAAUAAAAUACGGGGUCUAUUAUUUUACCACAGAGAAGUGUGCUUAAUUACACUAAAUGAAAUAUAUGAAUUUCCAUUGUUACAAAUCCCUAAAGAUUCAUUUCGAUCCUUUUUAAUUUCCUGGUUAGCGCGGAAACUCUCGAGU